ACAGUGAACAUUAGAUGGAAUACUAAGAAAAUUCCUCGAGGCGUCAAAAAAACCGACCGCGUUAGUGUCCGCAUCUGGUGUGGUAGAAGUCAGUUUCCAGCAAAAGCCGUAAUAUCCGUGAGUACUCCGAUGCUUUAUGGCUCAUAUUCUGUAAAUUAUAUAUUAACAUUAUCACACCACAGGUACCCUUUAUGGAUGGAAAGGAAAGUUGAUCUUGGUGAUGACCCUGCUCUCGUUAGAACUUCAUGCCAAGCAGGUGUUUUUGAUGCAACCAAAGGAAACGAAAGGAUUUUCAAAAAACUUCACAUUAACUAA